AAACAUGCUGUGUGCAACUCCACCUCAGUGUCUCCCUUGGUGUUCCAGUGCAAACCAGUGUGUGAUAGAGACCAGGCUAGGGGAGCAAGAGCAAGAGGAUUAGUGACCUGACCCAGGUCACACUGGAUUUCUUCCCUGGGGCAGUGAAUGCUGAUUGGAAGACAGGAAGUUCCACAGCCAAUCAGGCCUGAUAAAGGUCUCUGGGAGUGCAGAGGCCCCAGAGUGGACCUGAGAGAGGCACAGCUGUAGAUCCUCCUCCUGUGAUUCAGAAGUCAGCACCGGCUAGCAGCACUGAGACCUGAGGGAGAGACUGUGUGGAAGGUGGCAGACCCUGCAUCAUGGAUUCUCUUCCAAAAGCAAAUGGCACCUUUGCCAUCCAGGUUUUGAAGAUGCUGUGUCAAGACCAACCUUCACAAAAUGUGUUUUUUUCUCCCCUGAGCAUCUCCUCUGCCUUGGCCAUGGUCCUCCUGGGGGCAAAGGGGAACACCAAAGACCAGAUGGCUCAGGCAAUGUCUUUAAACACAGAGGAAGACAUCCAUAAGGGCUUCCAGAUGCUUCUCACCCAAGUGAACAAGCCUGGGUCAAAGUACUUGCUUACAACAGCCAACAGGCUAUUUGGAGAGAAGACUUGUGAUUUCCUCUCAACAUUUAAGGAGUCCUGUCUUCAGUUCUACCAUGCGGAGCUGGAGCUGCUGUCCUUUGCUGAAGCUACAGAGAAGUCCAGGGAGCAUAUAAACACCUGGGUCUCAAAAGAGACGGAAGGUAAAAUUUCAGAGUUGCUACCAAUGGGCUCGAUUGAUGAGCAGGUCAGGCUGAUUCUUGUCAAUGCCAUCUACUUCCAAGGAACGUGGGACAACCCAUUUAACAAAUCAAGCACGAAAGAAAUGCCUUUCAAAGUAAACCAGGAGGAGAAAAGGCCAGUGCAGAUGAUGAGGAAAAAAGCCUAUUUUAACUAUGUCUACAUCCGUGAGGCCCAGACACAGGUGUUGGAGCUGCCUUAUGCUGGCAAGACGCUGAGCAUGAUCAUCCUGCUUCCAGAUGAGGACGUGGACCUCAGUGUGGUGGAAAAUAACCUUACUUUUGAGAAAUUCAUAGCCUGGACCAAGACAGCCUCUUUGCAUAAUACUGAAGUGGAAGUUUUCCUUCCGAGAUUUAAACUGCAGGGGGAUUAUGACAUGGAGUCUGUGCUUCAGCAUCUGGGAAUGGUCGAUGCCUUUCAACCGGGCCAGGCUGACUUGUCUGCCAUGUCAACUGAGACAGACCUGUGUCUGUCCAAGGUUGUGCACAAGAGUGUCGUGGAGGUGAAUGAAGAAGGCACUGAGGCUGCAGCAGCCACAGCCGUAAACAUAGUGCCAUUCUGCUCAUCAUUUUUACCAACAUUCUGUGCUGACCACCCCUUCCUUUUCUUCAUCAGGCAUAACAGAACCAACAGUGUUCUGUUCUGUGGCAGGUUCUCAUCUCCCUAAGGGUUGAAUUUCCUCUCCAUGGAGAUUUUCCCUUUUUCCAUGUCCCCAAAUUUUCACUACAGUUCAUAAGGAUGUACCUUUAGGUGAACACCAAGUGGAAAAAUGAGGGCAGGGUCCUAAGCCUUCUGAACAACUUGCCAGUGUGAUCUCAUGAUGCACCACACUCAGCUGUCCCCAUACUGCCCACUAACUUGUACCACAGAACCAGGGUCAUGGCCAAUAGACUGUCCUGAUUACCUGUUGUAUUAUGCGUGCAGUACAGAUUGCAUAGGAUAGCUUGCAAACUUUCCCCAGAUGGCCUCAGAUACAUUUAUAUCUCAUUUCCCAUGCAAUUCCUUCUACUUAUACUGUGCUUUCCUGGUACUUCAAGGAAGGUGUGUCUCAGUGGUAGAGCACUUGCCUAGCAAGUUAGGGCUACACUCUCAUCACCACACAUAAAUUAAAAUAAAUAAAAUAAAUAUAUUGUGUCCAUCUACAACCAAAAAAGCAAAAAAAAAAACUUUAAUGAACAUUUUGUCUAUCUUUGGCAUUCACCAAUCACCAUUGCAGAGUUAUGGUCCUUUGACACCUGCUCUUUAAUAAUGUGUUCCCAAUUUAUACAGUGUCUAUGACAACCAGAUUGGACAGUUGAAUAGCUUUGAACUACCACGUACCUCCAUUGCAGCUAGGACACCUUGCCUGGUGGUAUUGCAUUUCUCUACCUCCAACCCAAACAGUUACAUGCCAUUAGCCCUUAAAGUUCCAUUAAUGUCAUCUUCUUCAAGACAUUUUCCAAUUCUCCAUAAUCAGAUGUACAUCUUUGAACUUUCACAGUAACUGCCCAUGAUACUUGCAUUGCUUGCUUAUUAAUAAUUUUUGUUCUUAGUGUUUGGACUAGGCCUUAAAGUCUCCAAGAUAUGUGAUUAUAUUCUACAUGCUAUAGUGUGGUAAUAAAUAAUUUGAUCCUA